UGUUAGGAACCCAAGCGGAACAUGACUAUAUGUAGUAAGCUGUAGUAUGCAUCUAUACGGCGAUAAAUUUUAAGAGCAGGGUUGUGGUAUGCAAAGUAUCUGUUUUAUCGUAAACCAGGACUGUUUAGCCCUAGACUUGUGAUUCAGCGUGAUAACAGCAUGAGCUAUGUCCCUGGAAUUGAAAUGUUAUUUUUUAGAGACCUAUAUACACAUGUCUGGAGUAUAGAAAAUCCAGGACUGCGUUUUUAUGUAUUUUCAUUCACAGUAGCAUAUUUUAUCCAAGUGUUGGGUCCUUUUCACGGAUUCUCCCAAUUUGUCCCCAGGCGUAGUAUAUCGGUGUGUUUGGAUGUCUUCUGUAUGGAUUAAGCAAUGACGUACAUGUAGUGACAAAUCAAAGAAUUUAUUAUUUAUUCAUUUACUCUACAUCAUGUACUUUAUCGUAAACAUUGUUCCUCGGGGGGUCUUUGCUUGUUUCGUUACCGCCGAGUCUGACUUGGUCACUGUAAAUGUUUGCUAUAAUCAAUAUCAAGAUUUCUUGAGAUCUAUCUAUAGAAGCAUCAAGACACUGAAAAUCCUUUCUACAAACCGGCAAUGCCUUGUAUUUCUUCCUUAAUUACAUUUCUCUGCUCAAUUUUUCUCCUUACCCAAUGUCAGACCCAUGCUAAUCUUGUUAAAAAAAAAAAAAAAAAAAAAAAGGUCCAUCUCCAGGGUACGCCUCUACGAAACC